GCAGACAUGGAGGAACUGAGCGCCGUGGGAGAGCAGGUUUUUGAUGCCGAAUGCAUUUUAAACAAACGACUGAGAAAGGGAAAGUUGGAGUUUCUUGUGAAGUGGAGGGGAUGGUCAUCCAAACACAACAGCUGGGAGCCCCAAGAAAACAUCCUUGACCCAAGACUGUUGGCUGCAUUCAACAAGAAAGAGCAAGAAAGGGAGCUCCUGCUGCGUAAGAGAGGGAAAAGGCCAAGAGGACGGCCACGGAAAAUCCUUGAAAAUGUGCCUGAAGCUCCAAAAUCAAGCAGCUCUUCAUCUGGCUCAUCAUCGUCAUCGUCCGAUUCCUCAUCCUCAUGCUCCUCCUCUUCAUCCUCAUCAGAUGACGAUGACGAAGACAGCAGCGUUAAGCAGGCAACCCCAAGUGUCAGAACACGAGACCUUCAUCCCGUCCCUCAGAAGAAAGCACAGAUUGUCGUUGCAAAACAGGAGCCCCCAAAGAAACGAAGCAGGAAACCUCUGCCCCCUGAAGUGAAGGAAUUUCAGCAGAACAAGAGCCCUCGUAAAAUCCUGAAGACGUCUAAAGAUACAGAUCUUCCAGGAGCCAUCAAAAAGCCUGUUCAUCCAGCAAGCUUCACCUUCAUGGGUUUCCAUCGGGGCUCUGCUAGGGAUACAGUGGGUAGUCAGAACCGGAGUUCUCUGGCCCAGGGAGGGGCUGUUAAAAACUCCAUGAGCUCUGUGGGAUCUGGCAGGUCAGUCCAGCCUGCCUCCCUCUCUCUGAACAAAUCCAGCCAGAGCAGGAAUGUCACUGAGGGUAAACUGUCCAUCUCCAGUAUGAGCAGUGGGACAAGUCUGGAUUUGAAAGCAGCUGCUGGUAAAUCAAAAGGGGUAGCAGCGUUGAAUUUGAAUACAUCCAAACACCCCAUUCAAGGAACCACUCAGCAUACACUAAGCUCCCCCAAUGGACAAAAGAAACCCCAGGGCCCUGUGUCAACACUGCAGCGGAUACCCAAUACCAAAGCGGUGGCUUCUGUACCAUCUAAGAACGCCUCUUCCAAUCAAGGUUCAGGCCUUCAGCCUCUCAACCUUCAGAGCAAACCAAUGCAAAGCAAUGAUGCUCCUGGAAAUGGCACUACCCCAGUGUCAGGUGUGAGAAAUGCAACAAACCCAGCAAGGAAAACUACUGUCACACAAAAUCAGGAAUAUAAUCCUAAGAGUCCAGCAACCCCUGGAAGACUGCAAGCCAGAAAGAACCAGCCUGGAGCAGACAAAGUCAAGGAGGCAAAUGAAAUCCAGACCUCUAGAGUCCAAGGCAGGCUGGAGAAGAACAGUGUGCAUAAAUCCUCCACGGAGGUCCAGAGCCAACAAGAGAGAUCGGCCUACAAAGAUGGCAAGAAAGCCAAAAUGAACGACAUGAGCACAGGUGAAGAGGAGAGCAGCUCAGACUCCGACCAGGAUUCCUCCUACACCGGCCAGGAUCGCUCAGUGGCAGUCCAGAACCAGGACUGGAAGCCCACGCGUAGUCUGAUAGAGCAUGUGUUUGUAACAGAUGUCACUGCUAAUCUAGUCACUGUCACAGUCAAGGAGUCUCCAACCAGUGUUGGGUUCUUCAGCAUUCGUAACUACUGACAAGGAUUCAACACACUGCAAACCAGAUGGACUUUGGAUCAAAGAGGCAGGAUUGGGGUUCUGAAGGAACUAGAUAAAACCUUUCGCUGGAGAAUUCCUGAGGAACACAUUGUGGAAUGGAAGUCAAUUUGCUCUUCAUUUUCUUUUAGCAAAAGACUAAUUUUUACGUUAAAAAAAAGGACAUCAGUUAUCGAUUGUGAUUAUUUAUUUGCUCGUGUCUAUAAAUUGUUCAGGAAAUGACAGUCUGAUAAUCUCAAAUCUCAAGUCUUUUUAGCCUCAGAGAUCCCAACACAGCAUUGUUACCAGGGUCCUGGGGAAAAAUAACUUUCUCAUAUUCAUCUUUUAAAUAUCAAGCUAAAACUCUGUUGCCCAUUGUUGCUGAAUCUGUGCAAAAUAUUAGCAUUCAUAGUGAUCUCUUGUGUGUUUCCAUCUGCUGUGUUAUAACAUACAGCUAAGCAGAUGAGAGGAAUGACUUAAUGAAGAAAUUAUGAAAGGUAGGCAUGAGCAGGAGGGCUAGCUUCUUUUGAGGAUGGCGGACAUUUAGUUCAUAAUAUGUCAUUAUGUGUUGUGAAUCCAUAUCAAUAGUUAAUGUAAACCAGUUUUUAAUUCCUAGUAUAGUAUUGUUUUUUAAUGUUUCAUAAAUUAGCUACCUCUGUUUUUUUUCAGCAUUUGCUGCAAAUGUAUAUUCUUUUCUUAUGGGACAGGAAAACCUUUCCCUCCAGGGUAUACCAUCAUUGUGUCCAUAUUAUGUCCAUAUAAUUGUUUUUAUAUAGCUCUAAUGUAUUGAGUUUUCAUGCUGUAUAGACAUGUGUUAGUACCAGCAACCAGCCCAAGCUGCAGCUUUCAAACAACAGCUUUGUUUCUAUGUUAGGAAAAACUCCCAUCAGAACUGGACCUGCGUUCCACGCGGUGUUGAACUGUGCACACCUUUAUCGCCUCAAAAAGGAGCUUCAUUCCACAGUGCAGCCAGUUUAUCUGCGCAGUUUUCCAAAUGGGCUGAAGCAUGUGGGGAGUCAGAUACAGUAUCUCUGUUCCUCCCUGGUGCUCAGAUAAGACUCAGUUCUGGCUGAGGUUUGCUCUUCUGCCUUUGCAUCAGUUCUGUCCUUCAAUGAGGUAUUCACCAGCAACUUUAAUCUUCUCAGACUUGUAAUUAAUACUGACAAAGGCCAGAGAAUAAGUGCUUGUGUUGACAUGGCUGGAUGAUCAUGGACAGUACACCUGACAAAGCUUCUCCCUCAAUCUGUCAAAGCCUCCCAUGAGCCUCUGAGAUUGCUUAAGGCAACUGCUUUCAAAGUGGGGAAUGGGAAAAGGUUUGGGGGUGGACAAUGCUUGACAAUAAACUGUUCAGCAUUGUUUGUCCCAGACCACAAAAUGCCAGAUUUCAUUGUGUCUGUUGCUACUGGUGUUUCAAAAUCUCUAGUACUGAAAUACCACAUUUGAUUUGGUUGUCUUUUUUGUUUUUCUGUUUUGUUUUUACUUUACAUGCAGCUGCAGACGUCUCAUUUCACCCGCCUGCAUGGGUUCAGGAGCUGCAGGCCCAGCCUCCCAGAGAAAAAAGGUCUUUAUCUGAUGUAACGGAAAAGAAACCACAACAAUGUGCGCUACUUUCUGCUCCCUUGAGAGGAGUUCAGCAACAAAGCACUUCGACUGAACUCUUCUGUCUAAUCCUGCUUUGCAGACUGUGCCUUUCUUUCUCUCAAAGACUAAACACAAAGGCAUUACCCCAAAGAUAGCUAGAAUUUCAGGUUAUUCAAUAAAAGCGUACCCCUCGAGCACAGCAUGGGGACUGUACCUUUUUUUUGUCCAUAUUGUUGUGAAACAGCAAGGAGACCUUGCUGGAAGACUUAUCACACAUGUAUGGAACAGACAAAUAUUUGAUGCCUUAUUGAAACAAUGAGAGUGGUUUAGGCUCAACUUAUAGAAGUACUUUCCAUUCAGGAUCAUCUGAAAAAUACUGAGUGCUUUCUCAUAUUACAUGUGUUACAGGUGAAAAAUGUUAGUGCGCAGCUUUUGGUUUCUUCUUGUCAGUAUAGUUUUUAAGUCAAAGAAAUGCAUAAGGCAGUAGAUAAAGAUUAGUCUAGGCUCAAUCAAUGUCACUUAUCACUACCAUGUAAUAGGCUAUGGGGUAACGCAAGGUGUUUGUAUGAAUUUUUUUUUUUUUUUUUUUUAUAUAUAUAAAUGGUAUCUGCUUUUCUUAAUCGAUGAAAAGAAAGAACUUUUCUUUCAGUUAUGGUCUUUUUUUAGAUCUACUAACCAUUUCAAUGGAAUGUUGUUCUCUUUACACUCUAUUUAUUUCAAAUUAAGAGCCUUUCAGGGUAGGACAGUGUCAUCAAUCCUUGUAUUGUGCCGCUUGUCAA